AUGCCCUCCAGCUCUAGACGUAGCACUGCAAGAGCUCACAACUCACACGGUAUCUCGAAUUCUCUCAGAGAAUACAAUAGCAGGCCCAAUCCUGCGAAUCAUUCGCACAUACAGACCAUACCCGCAGAGAGCGUUCACGAGCAUUUGGGGUCAGAGAACGAAAUUAAAUCACCAGAUUUUAUCAUCAAAGGAUCAGCCCAAGAAGAAAUAGAAGAUCAACUGGAAUACGAAAAGAGACUAGAAUCACUUCGAACAGAUUAUCCUGCGAAUUCUACUACUGCAACACCGAUUUCUCUCGAUACUACGUACGCAGAUAUCAUGGCUGCUCGACCAUCAAGAUCGCGUCGACGAAAUGAAGCCUUGGAUGAAGGACAAGAUAUGAAGCUGGGAGGACCAAUGACUCUUGAAUCACUCGGACCUUUCAAAUAUACCUUUAAAAAAAAGAAGAAUUUGAAAUCAAAAUAUUCAGUAUCGACAAUCAAUGAUGACGAAGCAACUGAUGCCGAUAAUGGAGGUGCAGGUUUAAAUGAUGAUGGAAUAAUUACGAACGAGGGGAUAAAUACGGAUUUGGGUCACAGUGAAACUACUAGUGAAGUUGGAAUGGAUCCAGAAUUGGUAGGAAGUGCAAGUUCAUCACGUCCUAUUUCACCUACAUUGACCCCACAAUUCAAACCAUCUCUCGAUGUCCCUCCUCCCAACCACACAACUUCACCAAAACAACGAAAUUACUUAGAAUUCACUUUUUCCGCUCCGGCACCAAAAAGAGUCAUUGGGUAUCUUGAGGAGAAUACGAGAAUUACCGAAGAAGAGUUGAAAGAUUCUGAUGAUGCCUCGCGCGAGAACGAUUUGGAAGACGACGGCAAUAUAGAAGAUAUCAAUAACAAUAUCGUCCAACCAAUUGUUACUGCUGAAGCUACGGCGACAAAUAGUACCACCGCCACUCUUACUACGACGGACACCCCUUCAAUUGAUCCAAUUCCUUCAACAGUGGUUAUACAACCUCCAGGAGCCUCCGAGCACUCGUCUUUUUCGUAUUCAUCCACUGAUAAAAGCAGAACGCAAACUCUCUGUACGAUUGACAGUGGCAUUGGUCUAAAUUCCCCUUCUCUUGAUCUUUUGAAGAGUGACAAUUCCGAUACACAAUCAGUCAAGGAUAAGAGCGACGCAGUUAUGGCUCGCAUUGCUUCAUCAACAGGGUUAAUGGUGAGAAGCUUGAGUGAUAUUACUACAGUUAACGAUGGAUUUGAUUCGGUAGAAUGGGAUCCAGAUCUUCCUGUUCGUUCAAUUAACAACUCUCCUGAGCCAUUAUCAGUUGAGGUACAACCUGUGGCUUACACUACUGUCGGAUCUCGUGUCAAUCCUAAUUUGCAACCUCAAAUCUCUGCUCCGAACCGUAUUCAACGUGAGGGUUCUAUUCGCCGACCACAAUUGGAUCCAACUCAUAAUAGACAAGCAAAUUAUUAUUCACACACCCGUGGUCCGCCACCUCCUUUGAAUAUGCAAAACUCCAUGCACUAUGCGCAACAACUCGGCCAGGCCCCUAAUUCUUUCAACACUCCGCCAGCCACAUCUGCAAGAUCUACUCGCUCUCUGCGGGCCUCUCAGAGACUGUCCCAGUCAGAGCAAGAGAACCAUACGCUUCUCAGACUUCAAGGGAUGAUCAAUGCGAGAGUAUCUAAUAAUCAUUAUCCUAUCUCUCCAAAUACACCGACUCCCGCUUUUCAUCAAAAUAACGUUUCGUCAAUUUCGAAUGAGGAGCAAGAAAUGGCAAAAGGGGGUGAUCUGCAAGGCCCCAUAUCAGGUCUGGAAAAGAUGCAGACCUUACAGAGACUUGCGAAAUUCCCGAAUCCAAUGCAAACUUCAGCUCUACGUCGAUUGUCCGAGUUGCAAGCACCCAAAGCCGACAAUACUGCAAAGUCAAAUGAAGACAUUGAAGUCGCGAACCAACGCUUAGAGUACCUCUUGCGUAACCCAAGAGACAACACGAUGCCAGAUAAUGCACAAGCUGCCAAGAACGGAGAACUCGACCGGACUUAUACAUUCCCUCCACCAGGUAUCUCCAAUACGGCAUACAAUCCGCUCUACAACGCGUAUUUGGGAUCUAACAAUCAUUCAAGAGAUUCUGCCAAUCAUCGGGGAGUACCCGGUUACCCACAACCAUUGACUGCAGGCCCACCAAGACAGCGCUCAUAUGCUAACAAUAGACAGAAUAGUACUUAUAGCGAUGAGGCUUGGACACAAGACCAGAUUGGAGCGAAACAAAACUCACACACAAGCACCGAGCCUAUUUCGCCAUGGCAAGAAUCAAAAGUUCUUAAAGAGCAGUAUAGUGCUCAGGCACCAGCACAAGCUCCUUCUACACGGGCAACAGAUACAAUUUCUAUGCAACAAGCCCAAAUGGGACUUCUCGAGGAUGAAGAGGCUCGCGAGGAAGCUCGAGCAAGAAAACAAAAGGAGAAGGAUGAAUGGUUCUAUAGUGGCCAGAAACGAUGGAACAUGACAGUUCAGGAGCAUAUCGCAGAAAUUGAGAUCCAUACCAAUCCUUUCGGGCCUAUCGGUCCUCCCAUGAAGAAAAUUUUGCCUUCCGACAAUAGACCUCUUCCCGGUAUCACUAUCUCAAGAAUGGAAAAGAAGACCAUCCCCGAAGUAAUCGCUCCACUAAUAGAUGGAACUCUUGGCAAUUUAUUCGCCAUCAAAGCUCAACAAGAAGAUGGCAAUUUCACGACACCAUUCAUUAGAUACGCCAAAAGUCCAGAAUGGCACAUUGAUACAAGUGCAAGAGGCAAUGAUUCUUUCUUCGAAGAAAGAUGGGGAGUCUCAAUCGAUGCCCCAGCGCCUCAUAACGAUCGAGUUCAGCAAUACUAG